UAAACCCGACAUGUCUGACUCGGCCACCGUGUUGGAGGCCUUCAAGUUCAUCGAGAGCGCUGCAGCAGAAUUCAGCGACGAGGACGAGGAGGAGGACAGCGAAGGGCGGGACAAGACCAUCUUAGACCUCGCUGCAAUGGUGAGGAAGAAACAGUCAUCCACCCCUUCUUCCACGACCUCCGACCUCAGCGACGACCCUGACACGGAGGAGGCACUGAAGGGUUUUGAUUUCUUGGCGAGUCCAGAUGAGCUGGAUGGAUCCCCUGAGUCCAGGAGCGGGGAGGACAGCGGAGAGUGGGAGAAGGAAGAGCAGUCUCCUCUGGGGGAACUGGCCUGGGACGUGGACCAGGGACUGAUAGCCCAGCUCAAGGAGCAGUACAGGAAGGAGCGCAAGGGCAAGAAGGGGGUGAAGAGACCAAACCGGUCUAAGCUCCAGGACAUGCUGGCUAACCUACGUGAUGCUGAGGAGCUUCCCUCCAUGCAGCCUCCCGUGACGCCCCCCUCCCGCCCCAGUGUACCCAGACUCAAUGAGCACGAAGUGGGGCGCUCUGAAGACGAGGCGAUGACAUUCCUGCCGUCCUCUGGGAAGUCUUUCAUCCUGGGCAGAGUGGACGAGGCGGUUUCUAAUGAGCUUGGACUGGGAGAACUAGCCGGACUGACAGUUGCCAACGAGGCCGACAGCCUGGCGUACGAUAUCACUAAUAACAAAGACGCUCUAAGGAAGACCUGGAACCCAAAGUUCACCCUGCGGAGCCACUUCGACUCGGUCCGGAGUCUGGCCUUCCACCCGGUGGAGCCCGUCCUGGUCACCGCCUCCGAGGAUCACACCCUCAAACUGUGGAACCUCCAGAAGACGGCGCCCGCCAAGAAAUGUGCUGCUUUAGACGUGGAGCCGAUUUACACAUUCAGAGCUCACAGCGGAGCUGUGCUGUGCGUCACCAUGAGCUCCAGCGGGGAGCAGUGCUUCAGUGGGGGGGUGGACGGUACCAUUCAGAGCUGGAACACCCCCAACCCCAACAUCGACCCCUACGACUCAUAUGAGCCCACUGUCCUGCGGGGGGCGCUGUGUGGUCACACGGACUCAGUGUGGGGUCUGGUCUACAGCUCGGCCCACCGUCGCCUCCUCUCCUGCUCGGCUGAUGGAACGGUCCGGCUGUGGAACGCCGCCGACACCUCGCCGUCUCUCGCUGUGUUCAACGAGAGAGGAGAUCUCGGGGUGCCGACGUCCGUGGACCUGGUCAGCAGCGAGCCGGCUCACAUGGUCACGUCCUUCAACACCGGCCACAUCGGACUCUUCAACAUGGAGACGCAGCAGCUCGUCCUGAAGCUGGAGUCAGCCGGGCCGCCAGAGGCUCCCUGCAAGAUCAACAAAGUGCUGAGUCAUCCCACGCUGCCAAUCACCAUCACAGCUCAGGAGGACCGACACAUCCAGUUCUUUGAUAAUAACACAGGUAAGCUGAUCCACUCGAUGGUCGCCCACCUGGACUCUGUCACGAGUCUCGCUGUGGAUCCAAACGGACUGUACCUCAUGUCUGGAAGUCACGACUGCUCCAUCCGUCUGUGGAACAUGGAGAGCAAGACGUGCAUCCAGGAGUUCACCGCUCACCGCAAGAAGUCCGAGGAGUCGAUCCACGACGUGGCGUUCCACCCCACCAAGUGCUACAUCGGCAGCGCCGGGGCCGACGCGCUCGCCAAGGUGUUCGUAUGACCUGAAACGGUCUGCGGCCGAGUGUCGGGCUCAGAGCGGAGAGGAGGCGCUGAGAGGGAGGGGGGCGGAGCUGAGUUCGGGUGAGGAAGCGGGAAACUGAAGGCGACAGACGCGGACUGCUCCUUUUAAGAUUUGUCAAAUAUUCGUCCCCACCCACCCUCCUUCGGACUUAGGCUGGCCCGGGUCCCGAAACAAACCAACCUCUGGAUGAGACGAUGAAUGAAACAGGAAGUGGCAAAAAA